AUGAUCGACCACGUGCUGGGAAGGCCGUCGGUCAAGUCGCGCCGCCUCCAAGUCUUGGCGGUGCUGGCUUUCUGGUCGGCAUACCUCUUCAGAGGCCAUCCCCAUGGCCCGCCCGGUAUGCGUUUCUUCUCCAAGCUCACGACGAAGCGCCUCACGGCAUGGCAGACAGUCGUCAUCACCAUGAUUUACCUCUACGCCGCCCGCCACUUCAGCACCCUCGUCGGCCUCGCUAGCCCCGAGCCCAUGGCUAACAUGUAUGAUGCUACCUACUUUCGUGCCACCUGGGUCCUCACUGCCCUAGACGCCGGCUUCUGGACCGCCAUGAAGAUCCGCGCAAAGUGGCUGCGUGACCUCGCCAGCAUCGUCUUUUCCGUCUUCUACAUGGUCGCCGCCGAAAAGGCCGAUGAGAAGGUGCGCAAGGUCCGCGGCAUGCUGACAGUCGAGCACCUGCGCGUGUCCUGGGACAAAGGGACGACGCCCUACCUGAGCUUCUUGCAGAACCUCAUGAGACCCCGCUUCUCCCGCUGGCCGCCACGCGCCAUCCGCAUCCCGCGACCAGCGGGGAGCGAUUACAAGGAGCCGGUGUCGGCUUGGCUCUAUUUCGAUGGGCCCCUGACCGACCUCGUACAUCACAAUAGGAUCGUGCUGGAUAUCCCCGGAGGCGGAUUCGUCGCUAUGGAUCCUCGAUGCAAUGACGAUAAGUUGUUUGCGUGGGCGUCCAAGACGGGGCAGCCCGUCCUGAGUCUGGAUUACAAGAAGGCUCCCGAGUUCCCUUACCCCUAUGCCCUGAACGAGUGUUUUGACGUGUACACCACCCUCAUCCGCAGCAAGGGAAGGUGCAUCGGAAUGUCUGGAAGGGAGACGCCCAAGAUAGUUGUGACGGGCGACAGUGCUGGCGGCAACCUAGCCACCGCAACGACAUUGAUGAUCAUCGAGCGGACAUCUGUCCCCAUGCGCCGGUACUCGACCACCGGAGAUCUGCCACUGCCCGAUGGGCUCGUCCUAUUCUACCCGGCGCUCGAUAUGAACAUUGGGAACUGGAUGUCGGACGAACAGAUGUCGCUCAUGAAGGACAGGAGGUUAAGGAGUACCAACCAGUCCAUCAUCAGGAAAAAGAGCAUGCAGUACAACGACCUGGUCGGCACGCCGCACCACUCGGACGACGAGGAAGACAGCUCGAACAAGCAGUCCGCGGAGCUGACCGCCAAGGAGGCCGAGAUCGCGUCCCAGCUGGCGCUCGCUAGCCCUCACCCCGAGUACUCGCACGGCGGCCCACAGGGGCCUUCCAACAUGCAGUUCUCGACCGCGGACGUCAAGCGGAAGCAAAGCACCUCGCACCACUCCGAGCCCUUGAGGACUCGCCUCGCCAUGUCCUCCAUGAUCUCCUAUUUCAACGAUCGCGUGCUCACCCCUGAGAUGAUGCGCGCCAUGAUCAUUCUCUACAUCGGCCCUCACAACCGCCCCGACUUCAGCAAGGACUACCUCCUCUCCCCCGUCCUGACUCCAGACUCCCUCCUCGCCCGCUUCCCCAAGGUCUAUUUCCUCACGGGCGAGCGGGACCCCCUCGUCGAUGAUACCGUCAUCUUCUCGGCGCGCCUGCGCAAGGUUAAGGAGGCCAUGUUCGACCAGGCCCGCUCCGAGCGCUCCGACCACGGCGACGGUCUCGAAUCUGUCUUCAACCCCAAGGACGUUGCCGAGGUGAUGUUGAUCCCCGGCAUCUCCCACGGGUUCAUGCAAUUCCCCACCGUCUACCCGCCGGCCUGGAAGCAUUUCGAACGGUCCGCUGAUUGGAUCACGGAGAUCUUCACCUCCGCUGAUGCCGUCCGCGAGCGCGAGGGCCGCGGGCGUCGCCGGGCCGGCGGCGGCCACCUUACGAACGGCAACACCGAGGGGCGCCACCACGUCCGCGCCGAGUCCAGCGGCGACGAGGAUCGUCCCCUGGAGAUUAGCAUGACACGGGCUAACCGGAAAAGCAUUCUGACCAAGGAGCCACAAGCGAUGGAUGAGAGCGAGUCCAUCGUCGACAAGGGCGAGGGCGGCGGAAAGAAAAAGAACGGGCGCGCCAGGGGCGCGAGCAAAAGCGCCGGCGCGAGCCUGGUGAAGCUCAAGAGCACGGAUGACCUGCUCGGCAGGAGAAUGCAGGGGCUCGCCGGUGGCCUCACGGGCAUGGGAGGACAAGAGUAA